CUUGUUUUUUCCCAAGGGGCGCCGAUCCUCCAAGAAAACGCCGCCGUUCCUGUGCCAUGGGCCUGGCGGACCUGGUCCUGGCGCGAUCGGACGAGGACGAUUUCGAGGAUGCGGCGCUGGCCCGGGAGCUGGCGGAGCUGAGGCGCGCGCGGCCGGCCGCGCUCGCGCGGCCGGGCGCGGGCAGCGCGGGCAGCGCGGGCAGCGCGGGCGGUUCGGCGAGCCAGGCGCGCUUGCCAGAGGCGCCGCUGCCACCCCUCGCGCCCCCAGAGGAGCUGGCCGCCGCCUUGCGGCCCCCUCCGAAGCCGUCGCUGGCGGACGCGCUGCUGGCACGGGAGGAGGCGGAGGACACGGUGGAUCGGGAGUUGGAGGAGAUGGAGAGGCAGCUGCAGCUGCAGGUGGAGAAGCUCCGCCGGCAGCAGCGCCGCUUCUCCCGGCCGGAGGCCGCCUCGGCGGACGCGGCGGUCGCCGAGGCGGAGGCGGAUGCCGCGGAGGAACUGGCGUUCGAAGCCGCGGCCUCGCCCGAGCCGGGUGCGGCUGAGGAUGAGGAGUUGCAGCGGCUGAAGACCUCGGCCGCCCAGAUGGAGGAGGCCUUCCCCGAGGCUGAGGCAUCCGCCGCCAGCGCCCCAGCGGCUUCGGCUUCGGCGCGGUUCCGCGGCGCCGGGGAGUGGGAGGCGCCGGUGCCCGGAAGCGCGGAGGAGGAAGUCUCGGAGUUCAAGAACGCGCUGGAGCACCUGGACGUAAAGCUGCGCGCGCUGCAAAGCAAGCAGGCGCUCCAGCUCCAACUCCCAGCGGAAGAGAUCAAGGGCUCCUCACGUGGCGCGGUGGUGGAGCAGCUCCAGUCGCAGAAUAAGGUGCUGCGGGAGCUUCUGGCCGGUGCAGGGCGCAAGGGCCGGCUGGACCUCGACCGGAAGCUCUUCGCCUGACGGGCGACGGCCAAAUCUGAAAGGUCGACUCUCAUUGGGCUGUUAAAAUGAGGA